AUGAAUGUCCUGCUACCCUCAGAAAUCGCUCGUUUGGUCUUGGGCUAUUUGACAUCGAUCAAAUGUACGGCUGCUCGCGAGAAGUUCCUCGAAGAGUGCCCUCAUCUCCGAGAAUAUGUGUUCUAUCUUGGGAACGGUCACGAAUACCCAACGAACAUAUCCGGCUAUGACCUCAUCCACUACCUUAACAUCGGUUUUCAAUACACCCAAUUUAUAACUUGUGGAGAAUCGAUCAAGUUCCCCUUGCCGACGGCGGCGAGUUACUACGGCUUUCAAAAUAGAGGAUUCGCUCCUGGCGUCACGGGUCAAGAAAGUCCGGCGCACACGGGACCAGGUCCAUCAGGCACACCUCUGACUUCGCCGCGCACAAAUCCCCCCCCGUAUCGGACCCCUCGCAAUCCAUGGACGAACGCUUCACCCGCCAUGGAUCGUCGAUCGCCAGCUGAGAGCAUCAUCGAUGUGACGACAGUCACCGAGCCGCCAUCGUCAGAACCUCAGAUCCCUCCUCCGAAAAGGUUGAGUGAAGCGGCUAUCCAGACCGAAGACAGCCAAGACAGCGUCACGUCGCAGCUCGCCGCGCGGCGCGGGGCUACGCCGCAGCCCACUUUCCAACGUGCGACACAAGAAUUUCAGCCGCAGCCCCAGCAGGUCCCCAUAAUACUCCAACAGUCUCCGCAUCUUCAACUCAUCCAGCAUGACGCCCCACAAGCUGGUCCAGAGAAAUCGCAGCAGCUUAUGCUGCAGCCGCAUCAAAUGCAGCGAGCUCAGUGCAUUCAACCAGUUCAUCCAGCGCAGGAAAUGUUGCAAGGGCUCGCGCAGCCAGAGCAGAGCCCGGAACCCAAAAAUACAGCGGACCAGCUGCAGCUGAACUCGAUCCAGGAGCGCGGUCAAAUAUCCACGCUGGUAUCGAACAACCUCCAGAUAGUCCCCGCUCAUCAGUUCAUCCCUCCCAAUCCUCCGACAUCGACCCCCAUAACCUCCGGUAGGACGCAGGACGCUCUCCGGAAAGACGGGCCGAUGGAAAUAUCGCUUGGAUUUGGUCAGUGCUUUUCGCCAAAACGGAAACCUACGGCUCCGAAACGGAGGUCUCUCGGAACACCGUUGGACAUGUUCGCUUCACCUCCAUCCCUCGACUCUAGCUCGACCAGAAAGACAAUAGACGAGCUAGUACAGACCCAGCUAGCAGAGAAAAUUGCGGAGAGCAUAAACGAAGCCACGACGGUCCUGAGACCUCCUCCGCCAGCUGAAGAUACUUGCCAGGCGGCUCUUACAUGCGGCGCCAAUCUUCCCGACAGUCUACUGUCGGAUGUGAUCUCGAAAACGCUGUCGGAUCCCAUCAUGGAAGAAUUGGCCCAAUACGUCGCCAUACAAUCGACUACACUCGAUAUCGAAACGAUGACAGGAACUCCUCUCAAGGAUCUAGCGCUUAAGACACCCUUCAAACAAAUAGCUGAAGACAUGGCCCGGCAAGGUCCGUCGGGAUCAGGAACUUUCGGACAACCUGGCCAUUCGACUGCGAGCUCGGAUACGCAGUCGUUCCUCUCGUCCGCCUUCGCAAUGCAGCAAGAGGACGCAGUCGAUAACGCACCUAAAGUGAGACCCGCUACGGAAACUAUGAAAAUCGUCGUGGACUCGAGCGUCGGUCGCAGCUCGACCCGAUCGACGGCAUCGAUGCGCACUCUCCCCGCACCUCGGAAGCCUUCCCCGAAAGUCUCUCCGCCGGGAUCUACAACGUCGACGUUGCUUGGGGAAAGAACCCUCGACGGUGAGUCGACGAAAUUCAACGGUUCUACAGCACCGCCAGCAACAUCUUUCUCGGCUGGACAAAUCAAACCGCUUCCGGGGACUCACAUUCGGACCCUCGAUUUUAGUCAGGCAUCAUCGAGACGAGAAUCCUCGAGCGGAACCGAGACGGCGCGAUCGUUCCGAUGCCGGAAGCGAAAGUCACCGGUCGUCAGCUCAGAAGUGCCGGCGAAAUCAAAACGCACAUCGACCCGACAUCAUUCCUCGUCCAAUCCUGUGGACGAGCGGCGGACUCCACCGACGCACGCCGGUCCUCCAGGAGCGUCUGAUGAGUUCUCAAGUGCAGCGGCGAUCGCAGCGUCGAACGCUGCGGUGUACAGCGCGUCGACGGGCUUUGACAGCAACCCCGCAGUUAUUGUCUCGAUUCCGGACAGUCCUCAACCCAAAUCGACGUGCCCUAGUCCGAAGAGAGCUCGAGCAUCUUCACUAGGUAAGCCCCCUCGGAGACAGGCCAUACUCGUGGAAACCGUACCGCCGUCUAAGAAAACGACUCCGAAACGAGUUUCCUCAUCGAGAACGAAACCUAGGUUGAGGGCUAGCUUCGCACCUCAGAGCUCUCUGAACGGGACAAGUUCCUCGACGAACGUCACGAAUUUCAUCUUACCAAGUACCCCAAAGAAAGUCCCCGGUCCCUCGGCCGCUAAGAUCCGAGCUAACGGCCGAUUCAAUAAGCCUAAAACUGAGCCCGUUGAAACCCCUCAAAGCAACGUCGAGUUGCCCCAGGCAGCGACGCCGAUCGCUAACACCCAUCCUCUAGUCACCGCACCGACCAACAGCGUCCUGAACAUUGACAUCACGGCACUUUUAGACAAAGUUCACAAGAAUCGAUAAGAUCAUCAUCGGUGCUCGCCCAGUGGUCUCUCGCCGCCGAUCACUGGCUCCACGUAUACUCCUGUGAAUAUGAACACAAAAAAAUAUCGGGUCUCGCAGAGAUUGAUGAGAGUUUGAAUAAAAAGUUAAUGU